AUGGCCCAGGAGCGUCCCAGCACCGCCCUGGAGCCGCAGCACGUCCAGCGGCUGCUGCUGUCCUGCCGAGAGGCCAAGAAGUCCGCCUACUGCCCCUACAGCCGCUUCCCCGUGGGGGCCGCCCUCCUCACCGGGGACGGCAGGAUCUUCUCGGGGUGCAACAUCGAAAAUGCCUGCUACCCGCUGGGUGUCUGUGCUGAACGAACUGCCAUCCAGAAGGCCAUCUCGGAAGGGUACAAAGAGUUCAGGGCAAUCGCUAUUGCCAGUGACUUGCAAGAUGAUUUUAUCUCACCCUGUGGGGCUUGCAGACAGGUCAUGAGAGAGUUUGGCACCGACUGGGCUGUCUACAUGACCAAGCUGGACGGCACGUAUGUUGUCAGGACGGUCCAGGAGCUGCUGCCGGAAUCUUUUGGGCCCGAGGACCUGCAGAAAAUCCAGUGA